UGAACUUUUUGUCAGAUUAUAUCCGGUUAUAUCUCCCUCUGGUCUUGAAUUGAUCCAAAGUGGAUGUGAAGAUGGAGUCUCGUGAAUUUACUCUUCGACUCCAUCCGUUUCCUGCGAUUCUUUUAUCUAAAAUUGGUGCAAAUCCUGAAAAUUGAGUUUCUCUUGCUCAUGGCAUCGUGAUGUCAAACAGUGAUCAGGAUAUCCUACUGCCACCUCUUUUGCCCAUCAGUCCUAACGAUAAUAGCGGAUAUGUUGUCGUUACAAGCGUUCUUCUCAUAAUAUUGACCCUGCUGGUGGUCGGAGUAGCGUUUGUUUCACGAACCAAAAUCGUCGGCCGGCUUUUGAUGAGUGACUGGCUCCUGUCCCUGGCGACAAUAAUAUUUCUUGUCGAAGGUGUGUGUAUGAGAUAUGCCUGCUUGAAUGGACUUGGGCGCCAUAGGAACGCUCUUAGUGGCGCUUCCUUUGAACAGUACAGUAAACAUCUUUAUGCCAGUCAGAUUCUCGCACAUGUCUCCUUGACAUGCACCAAGCUGUCUAUGGUCGUUCUUAUCAUCUCCAUCAAGCCAUUCCAUAAAUUUCUCCUCGCAUGCUAUGGGGUGUUGGGGUUUAUCUGCCUUUGGGGCAUUAUUGGCGUUUUCACCCUUUCAUUCCAAUGUGAUCGGCCAAGGCCCUGGGACUUUACACCAGGCCGGUGUUUGAAUCAACAAGCCCUAUAUGUUAGCCUUGGUGUUGGCAGCGUCAUCAUCGACGUUGCGACUGUCAUCUUGCCCUGUUUCAUUGUAUGGAGAGUGCAGCUUUCCUUUAAGAAACGCAUGACAGUCGCUGCUCUUUUCGGAACCCGAAUAUUUGUCGCAGUAUUCACUGCAAUAUCCUUGGCCAAAAUACAACCUUUUUUCAAGUCUAACCCUACCGAUCAACCAUGGCACGCUGUCACACCAUCGAUAUGGCUUCAAGUCAACCUGUGCCUCUCCAUCGUCACCGCCAGUAUUCCUGGCCUCAAACGCGUCCUUGCUGAUCUCCGAACGGGACUUAUGGCCGGUGCCAUCCCCGAAUUCUAUGAACUCUCCGUCUCCGGUGGUGCAGGCCAGAGUUAUACUUCCGGCACCCACAGUGGAAGCUCAAACCCUAGAACCGGUGUCAAAAGGGAACAUCCCUGUGAAAACCUCCUUCACUCUGCAAACGACGACUCGCGGAUUGGGAAAUAUGCUUCAUACGGUCACAAUAGUAAGAUAAACGACCCGAGAAAGUCGAAGGACCGGCGGAAGACAGGGUUAAUGAGUAGGGGGAAUAAUGAACGGAGGAGCCCCAGCGCGGAAAAUUUGACUGACAAUGGUAUUAUUCAAACUAGGGAGUACGAAGUAAGGUAUGAAAGCAGUCGAGAUGAGGGAAAGAGAGCCAAGUUGCUCGCCAGUCAGUGA